CUCUAACAAAACAGAAUCUCUCUCUGUCUCCCUCCCUCCCUCCCUCUCUGCGCAAAGACAGCAGAGGCUCCUCCUCCUCGUCCUCCAUUGAGAUAGAUCCUAGUAUCAUUGUAGUUUGAAGAUUAUCUUGGCAAUUGAGCUCCUCUGCUUCUGCCUAAUGCUCAACAAUUUAUAAAUAAAUCAAGAAAAAGGAAAAGGAACAGUGGAUGGUCAAUCAAAUAUCAGAUCAGAACACCGCUGUAUCAGACGGUUUAGUCUGCCAGGGCUCAAGUACCUUGUGGGUGACGAUUUUUGUUGAGGCCAGAAGGUAAAUGGACAGGGCAGACACGUCAGGUUUUGUUAGUAGCGGAUUCAACGUUACCUCGCUGCUGCUAAUAUUUUUCGACUUCGUCUUCUCUCUCAUGCACAUAUGAAAUACCAAAUCAAGAAUCAACUGAUCUUCUGUUGCCCAGAGAUACUUGUUCUCCAUCCACCACCUUCACUCAGUUAGUUCAUGUUCAAAGAAUAAACAGGCCAGUUCAGUCAGUUCUCAGUGUAUAAAGGUAUAGAUGAAUAACGGUUACGCGGAUAUGCGUCACCGUGGAAGCCAGCCCCUGAACGACAGUUCUGCAGUGUUGAUGUCCGGGCACUUGACGCCGAGUUACACUAGUGUCGGCCAUGGUCAGACCUCAUUUUCCUUGGACUUCCGGGGUUCGGCAAUGGACAACUGCAGCCGUGGCAACAGGAGUGUCCAGCGGUCUGGUCAUGCUUCUGCCCAAGAUGAUGCGUGCAGGCUGGUACUUGGACUGGGUCCGUCGCCGGAACCUAGCUCUGUGGAUUACCAGCAGCCUGCCGGAGGAGCAGGCAAGUCGAAAGCGCCGGUGACUCUGUUUGGCCGGAGUUUAUCGUUCACUAAUCCUGGGACGAUAACCCUUGGGCUUCAUGAUCAGGUGGGUAAUGCUGAAGCUAUCGCUCAGCAUUCUGAACCGCCUGGAGGAAACAUCAUCUCCUUCUCCGGUGUCGACGAGAGCUCGACGUCGGCCAGGAGGAGCUCCGGUGGCUACAUUCCGUCGCUGCUCUUCGCGUCUCGGCCGAAUCUUUGUGUUGCUCAAGAGAAUCGGGCAGAGGCGCAUGAUGAUCUGCUGGAUGACCACACGGACAACGCCAAUGAUAGUGCCGAGCAUCACCUUCAAUUCAGCCCUGAACCUUCUGCAACGACAAUGACAGAGACUUCGUUCGGUGUGAGCUCUGAUGUUGUCACCGGUGUAACUGAUCGUGGACAGCCGGUUCAUCGCCGGUUUCCGAAGAAGUGCAGGUUCAAAGGGUGCUCCAAAGGUGCGAGAGGUGCAUCAGGCCUGUGCAUUGCCCAUGGCGGCGGGCAGAGGUGCCAGAAGCCCGGAUGCUACAAGGGUGCCGAGAGCCGAACGGCCUACUGCAAGGCCCAUGGAGGCGGCCGGCGGUGUAUGCAGCUCGGCUGCACUAAGAGCGCCGAGGGAAAGACGGAUCACUGCAUUGCCCACGGCGGAGGUCGCCGGUGUGGAUACAACAGCUGCCCUAAAGCCGCGCGUGGCAAGUCCGGGCGAUGCAUCAAGCACGGAGGAGGGAAGCGGUGCGCGGUUGAGGGCUGCAUCCGGAGCGCCGAGGGGAAGGUCGGGUUCUGCAUCUCCCACGGCGGCGGCCGCCGUUGCCAGUACCCUGACUGCCGCAAGGGGGCGCAGGGCAGCACGCUGUACUGCAAGUCCCACGGCGGCGGCAAGAGGUGCGUCUUCGAGGGCUGCGCCAAGGGCGCGGAAGGCAGCACGCCGCUGUGCAAGGCGCACGGCGGCGGGAAGCGCUGCAUGCACGAAGGCGGCGGCGUGUGCCCCAAGAGCGUCCACGGGGGCACCAACUACUGCGUGGCGCACGGCGGCGGGAAGCGCUGCGCGGUGCCCGGGUGCGGCAAGAGCGCCCGCGGGCGCACCGAGUUCUGCGUGAAGCACGGCGGUGGCAAACGGUGCAAGGUCGACAGCUGCGGCAAGAGCGCGCAGGGGAGUACGGAGUUCUGCAAGGCCCACGGCGGCGGCAAGCGGUGCACCUUCGGCACGGGCUGCGACAAGUUCGCCCGCGGGCGGAGCGGCCUCUGCGCCGCCCACGCGACGCUGGUGGCCUCGCAGUCCCAGUCCCAUGCACAGCAGCGAGGACGCGGCGGCGGGAGCAUGAUCGGGCCGGGCCUCUUCCGAGGCAUCGUGUCCUCGUCAGCCGCGGCCGCAGCCGCCAGCGCCAUGAACUACGAGUACUCGUCGGGCGUGAGCACGGUGUCGGAGUGCGACGGCUCGCCGGUGCCUACGCCGGGGAGGCAGGAGCUGAUUCCUCCUCAGGUGCUGGUUCCCCUCUCUAUGAAGUCCUCGUCGCCAUCCGCGGAUAGGCGCAGGGAGAGUGGAGAGUUGUGUGUUCCAGAGGGGAGGGUGCACGGGGGUGGACUCCUGUCAUUGCUCGGCGGGAGCUUCAGGAACGUCAUUGACGUCGACAAACUCUCAAGCCGCUAGCUCGGGUCUAAAUUUCUGUCUGUCCAAAUUAUACUUUCUUCUUGAACCCACAAAAAAAUUUGAACAUUCUACACGUCUUAUAGUGUUAGGUAUGGGUGUCACGUAUGAACUGUUAUGGGAAAGCUUAAAUUCUUGGCAGUUCCACAAGCUUUUGGGACGGGAAAGCUUUUGGGCCGUAAUUCUUGUUGAUUAGACCGAUAUGUAUGUAAUAAUGCAACCUUUUGUUUUGCUGGAUUAUCUCAUCGAUGAUUCUCAUGAACUCUAUUGAUGAUAAAGCUGCUCUAGGGUUGAAAUGA